CCUUAAGGGUGUCAUAUCCGGGUUCCAUCCAGCGGAGAUCGCGGCAUGGAAGGUGGGAGCCGCAAGGAAGGCGGCUUCGGCCGCACACUGUGCGUGCUCACAGGGGCCUCCCGUGGCUUCGGCCGCGCGCUGGCCACACUCCUGGCCCGGCUGCUGUCACCCGGCUCGGUGUUGCUCCCAACCGCCCGCAACCAGGAGGCGCUCAGGCAGCUGGAGGCAGAGCUGGUGGCGGAGCACCCUGGCCUGCGCGUGGUGCCGGUGCCUGCCGACCUGGGCUCGGACGCCGGCUUGCAGCAGCUGCUCGGAGCUCUGCGCGACCUCCCCAGACCCGAAGGGCUUCAGCGCCUGCUGCUUAUAAACAAUGCGGCCACUCUUGGGGAUGUUUCCAAAGGCUUCCUGAACCUGAGUGACCCAGCAGAAGCAAACAGCUACUGGGCUAUGAACUUGACUUCCACUCUCUGCCUGACCUCCAGCCUCCUGAAAGCCUUUCCAGAACGUCCUGACUUGAGCAGGACUGUGGUUAACGUCUCAUCCCUCUGUGCCUUGAAGCCCUUUAGGGGCUGGGCAUUGUACUGUGCAGGGAAGGCUGCUCGUGACAUGAUGUUCCAGGUCCUAGCUGCAGAGGAACCUAGUGUGAGGGUGCUGAGCUAUGCCCCAGGUCCCCUGGACACAGACAUGCAGCUGUUGGCUCGGGAGACUUCAGUGGAUCCAGACUUACGAAAAAGGCUACAGGAUAUGAAGACAAAUGGGGAGCUGGUAGAUUGCGGGGUGUCAGCACAGAAGCUCCUGGACCUGCUGCAGAGAGACACAUUUGAGUCAGGAGCCCAUGUGGACUUCUAUAAUUUAUAGCCUAUGUCCUUGGCUCCUGGGCCUUUUGGUCUCUACUUUUGUGCACACCCCAGGAGCCCUGUCACUGCCCACAUCCCUUCACACAGGCCCUGCCAACCCUGCCCCAUGCAGACAACCACUCAUGCCUACUGCCCUGCCCUCAAAGGCAGCCCGUGGGAGUGGCUGGUGUCACCAGUUGUCAGGAUCUGUGUCAUGCAGCCUGGAUGAUAAGGAGCUUGGAGGGAGGUCAUGGGUGUUGUAGUUCUCCAGCCCCAGGAAUAGAAUUUUAGGGUUGGGAAGAGCAGGAAAAGCAGCUGAAACACUGAAGAGACAAGUUUGGGGUCUCGCCCUCAGCUGGUUCAUGGGAAAGGAGGGAGUGAUCUGCUGUGAAGAGGGAGGGCCCAGCAGAUUCACAGGUGGCCUGCAGGGAAAGAGGACAGAGCAGGUUGCAGCCCACACAGACUCCCCUUGUUCAGGGUGAGGGGCCCUUGUGUUGAAUUUCCUGUCCUCUCCUGAUGCCUUCUUCCUUUAGAACCCACUUUCCCCCUAGGCUGGGAGUUUAUGUAAGUGAAGAAGCAGACACAAAUAAAAGUGACUGAGUCUUCUUGAAUGCCUGCUUCCUCCUCUCCUAGAGGGCUCCUACCUGAGAUUAGAGAUAUGCUCUACCAUGCACAUUCUUCUAAGGUCUUGUUCAUAAGGGAGGUUCACAGAAAGACACAUUUAUAUAUUGAAGGUCUCAGUUGCUGCAACGAGUGCAGCCAAAGUCACCGUUUUCAUGAGGAACAAUGGGGGAUUUGAAUAGUAAAUACAAACACACAAUUUGAAGAGUAAGUACUGAUCAGGUGGAGCUCUGCUCUCUGAUGGAGAUGCAGAUCUAAAGAGUUAUGCCAGCAAUCUUUAUUUAUUUACAUCUCAUUAUCAGGUGGAAGACUAUGCAAGUAUUAUUCUUUGUAUUCAGGAAAGCUACGGAAACUAGGGCAUCUAUGUAGCUUUUCCACAGUUACAAUCCACAUUUGCAAAGUGCAAUGUUAGAAACUUUGUGUAGCUCUCAAGAAAAUCCAUUGUUUAAAGUGUAAAGUGGACAGGAACAGGAGAAGUGGAGCUAGUGAAAUAUUGUCAUUGUCUAGUAUAAGAAUUCAUUUAAUCACAGGAGCUGUGUGCCUGAGAUCAAGGUCAGAGCUGAUAGGACUCUUGCACAGAGCCUCCUCAUGCAGGGCAUUACCACAGCAGCUAAGCAUUCUGUGCUGUUGCACAGAAACAUCCCAGGCACCAGACAUGCCAAGCCAUGAGGUCAUCAGAGACUCCCAAUCUCAGUCACUAUCCACCCUCUGUCACUGCUCUCCAUGCACAAUAAUAUACAACUCAUUUUUCUUUCUGAACACCAAAAAAACCCCAAAGAAGUACUCUA